AUGCUUAAGGAUGAACGGCUCCACGAGUGUGGGGAGUGUGGGAAGAGAUUCAUAGACAGUACACAGCUGAAGGUGCACCAGCGGAUUCACACUGGAGAGAGGCCCUACGAGUGUGGGGAGUGUGGGCAGGGAUUCAGGCAGAGCUCAGGCCUGGCUAAACACCAGAUGAGCCACACUGGGAAUAGGCCCUAUGAGUGUGAUAAAUGCAAGAAAAGGAAGAGGUUUUACACCAGGUCUAGUCUCCUCCUGCACUAUCGCACUUACACGGAUGAGAGGCCUUACGAGUGCCAUGACUGCGGGAAGUGCUUCAAGCGAAUCUCACACCUCAACACCCACUGGCUCACCCACACUGGGGAGAAAGCCUACGAGUGUGAGAAAUGCAAGAAGAGAUUUUGGACCAGCUCCACUCUCCUCGUGCACUGUCGCUCUCACACAGAGUUUCGGCCCUUUCGCUGGUCCGACUGCGGGAAGGGAUUCAAGGACAGCGCCACCCUCGCCGGCCACCAGCGCGUCCACACCGGUGUGACGCCCUUCAAGUGUCCUGAGUGUGAGAAGAGCUUUGCAUACCACAGCAGCUUGAGCAGACACCAACAGAAUCAGCACUGA